AAACCAAACUACACGUUAAAGAGAGGGGAUGAUGGCUAAGAAGACCCCAAAACCAGCCCCUCGCAGGAUCUUCCAGGAAAGGUUGAAGAUUACUGCUCUCCCCUUGUACUUUGAAGGUUUUUUAUUAGUCAAACGGCCAGAAUACCAGGAGUAUAAACAUUAUUGGACAGAGUUGAGAGGAACUACACUUUUCUUUUAUACCGACAAAAAAAGUACAAUAACAGAGAACACAGAAAGUGGAGAAGAAUGGAGAGGCUUCAUUCUUACGGUAACACAGCUGUCAGUUCCCCAACAAGUGUCACUCUUACCUGGGCAAGUAAUUAGACUGCAUGAAGUCCUAGAGAGAGAGAAGAAAAGGAGGAUUGAGACAGAGCAGCUGUCGAGUACUUCCAUGGAGAAAGAGAAAGAACCAGUUGAAGAUUAUGUGGAUGUACUGAACCCUAUGCCAGUAUGUUUUUAUACAGUGUCCCGGAAAGAAGCAACUGAGAUGCUCAAGAAGAACCCUUCCUUGGGAAAUAUGAUCUUGAGGCCUGGUAGUGACAGUAAAAACUACUCCAUCACUAUCCGGCAGGAGACAGACAUGCCAAGAAUCAAGCACUACAAAGUGAUAAGCAUAGGAAAAAACUACACUAUUGAACUGGAAAAACCUGUAACACUCCCAAACCUUUUCAGUGUCAUUGAUUAUUUUGUGAAGGAGACUCGAGGAAAUUUAAGACCAUUUAUAUAUUCAACUGAUGAAGACCUUGGCCAAGAACCCAACAUAGAAGAGAGAAGUGAGAAGUUAAAGAAAAACCCACACAUUGCAUGAAAUAAAAAUGUGAAAACUAUCUUCAAUGUAUAUUGGUAAUUUAUAUUUUCAAAAGGAAGAUCUCAUUAUUAAAGAGAAAUAACUUUAUUCUUCUGAUCCUUAUACCAAGUCACUCACUUGGACACCAGAAUUAAACAUUGCAGCAUACAACUUCAUUAUCUUAGCAGAAUGAAACCAGUGCCUGUGGGGGUAUAUAUUGUAAAUAUACACAUUCUCAUGCACUGACAGUUGAAAACACAUAGUAUUUUCUAAAUGGAGUUUUUCUUUCCCUAGGAGUCAAUUAAAUACGUUUCUCCUAUACAGUUUCCACAGCAAAUUCAUUAAUUCUCCUAAAUCCUACCAAGUCCCCCCCAAAACUCUCAAUAGGUAUAUUGUUGAAAUCUGGUUUUACCAAUUUAUCAAAUAUAAGUCAUUUUAAUUAUCCAGCUAGAAGCCAGAGACAUGAAAUGUACUAGGAGAAGCCCUUUUCCAAAGCAAAUACCCUAUGAAAUACCCCAUGUUUUUUGUUACUGGAAAUAGAUGAAAUUUAUCCAUUUCCAUGAAAAUACCAGUCAAAAGAAAACUGUGUAUAGCUACACAGAAAACAGACUAUGGUAAAACAUAAUACAGAGAUAUACUUCAUAGUGAUAAGAUAAUUCACGAGCAAAA